AUGGCUCCGCCUCCGCCUCCCACUCCUGCGCCUCAAGCCGGGCGGCUCUACUUCCUCGAUAUCGGGAUUUCGACCCCCGAGCUCAAUGGCCGAAUCCUUACCUGCAAACCAGACGGCUCGGAUUUUCACGAACUCAUCACUCAAGUCAACAUGUUGCCUGACGGCAUCGCCAUUGAUAUGGUCCACCGGCAUAUUUACUGGACCAACAUGGGGAUGCCUUCAGCCAACGACGGAUCUAUUCAACGCUGCGACUUAUCCGGAAAGAAUAUCGUGACGAUAGUCCCACGAGGAAAGACGCAUACGCCAAAACAAUUGGUUAUCGCACCACUUUCACGAAAGCUUUACUGGUCAGAUCGAGAAGGAAUGAAGGUGAUGCGGGCGAAUAUGGAUGGCAGUGACCUCGAGGUGCUUUACCGGGCUAGUACAGUCGAUUCAGACAAACGACUUCAAGACAAUUGGUGUGUUGGCAUUUCCGUCGAUGAAGAAUCGAAUACAAUCUUCUGGUCACAGAAAGGACCAUCGAAAGGAAACAAAGGGCGAAUCUUCCGGAUGGGUCUCGAGAUGAUCCCCGGAGAAUCAGCGGAGCGAAGAACAGACGUCCAAUGCAUAAUCGACAAUUUACCUGAACCAAUCGAUCUUGAGUUCGAUAGCGUCUCAGGUACACUAUACUGGACUGAUCGUGGCGAUCCACCCUUUGGAAAUACUGUGAAUUCGGUUACUUUUGCAGACCUGGCAAUGGGCGGCAAAGUGAAGCCAAAUAUCCUGGUUCGCAAGCUCCACGAAGGAAUUGGACUGGCUCUGGAUCGAAAAGGCAGUCGCAUGUUUUUUGGAGAUCUUGGAGGCUCUCUGUACAUUUCAAAUUUGGAUGGGUCCUGUAAGAGCACUCUACUGCCGGAUAUAGGUGCGAUCACCGGUAUAGCCUACAUUGAAGACUAG